AGUUCAGGGAAUUUCAAUCGUCGCCACAUGCUAGUCGGCUCCGUGGCGCUGUAGUUGUGAACUAAAUUUUUAAAAAUCUGUCUACAGUCACCCCCCCCCCCCCAAAAAAAAAACAGAAUGAAGGAAACGCUGCUGUCUAACUGUGAGAGGGAUUUCUUGCUCCAAGCGAUUGCAGAGAAGAAGCGUCUGGAUGGACGACAGACGUACGACUACAGGAAGAUGAAGAUCACAUUUGGGACCGACUACGGAUGCUGCUUUGUGGAUCUGGGAAAAACCAGGGUCAUGGCCCAGGUGUCAUGUGAGCUUGUGGCUCCUAAAGAAAGUCGACCAAACGAGGGAAUCAUGUUCUUCAACAUCGAGUUGUCACCUAUGGCUUCACCGACAUUUGAACAAGGCAGACAGUCUGAGUUGUCGGUGAAGUUAAACAGACAGCUGGAGAGGUGCUUGAGGAACUCCAAGUGCAUUGAUACUGAGUCCCUGUGUGUGGUGUCUGGAGAAAAGGUAUGGAAGAUCAGAGUGGACGUUCACAUGCUGAAUCACGAUGGCAACCUGAUGGAUGCGGCCAGCAUUGCCGCCAUCACCGCUUUGUGCCACUUCAGACGCCCCGACGUCGGCAUCCAGGGGGACGAGGUCACGGUGUACAGUCCGGAGGAGAGAGACCCCAUUCCUCUGAGUAUCUACCACAUGCCCAUCAGUGUCAGCUUCUCCUUCUUCCAACAAGGAACCUUCCUGCUGGUGGACCCCUGUGAACGGGAGGAGCGGGUGAUGGACGGCUUGCUGAUGAUCGCCAUGAACAAACACCGAGAAAUCUGCUCCAUUCAGUCCAGCGGGGGCAUCAUGUUGCUUAAAGAGCAGGUUAUGAGAUGCAGUAAAAUAGCCAGCGUGAAAGUGUCUGAAAUCACAGAGCUCCUGAGCAAAGCCCUGGAAAACGACAGGAAAGCCAGGAAGGAGGGCGGUAGGUGUGGUUUUGCGGAGUCCAUGCCACAGGAGCGAAUCACAGCACUGAAAAUUGACGAGACCUCAGUGGAGAUGGCGGAUGUCGCAGAAAAAGCCAGGGACAUCGUCCACGGAGCCGAGGCUCCACCUCAGAUGGUGCCUUCCCCCGUGGUGCCCGUCCCCGGUGUGGGUCAGGUAGGGCAGGGGCUGCAGAACACCUGGGGACUGGAGGAGGAUGACGACGACGAUGACGAGGAGGAGGAAGAGGAAGCAGAAGAAUGUGACAGCAGUGGUGAAGAACAGGAGGAAAAGGAUACAAAGAUGGACAAGGAACGGCAUGAAAAGGACGCCAGCAGGAAAGGAGAUGUGGUUGAGAUAUCUGACAGUGAAGAGGAGGAUGUGGUGGUUCUUCAUCCAGAAACACAAGUCAAAACUCCAAAAACUGCAGGACCCAGUUCUCACCAGAACGGGGCAGCAACAUCAAAGAAAAGACAGAAAAAAUGAAAGCCGGAUUCCAUGAAGCUCCCUGCAGCCAGAGAUCUGCAUUCACUGCUGCACUGAUUCCUAACGUCUACGUCUUGUUUGUAGCUAUUGAUUUUCAAACGGACUGCAUUUACAAAUGUUUAUUUUAUACAAUAAAAGAAUUUUGUUAAGUAGGAUUAAAUAAAGGUUGUAAAGUGCUUUUCUGGAAAAGCGGUGGUGGUGUUUAUCAAAAUAAACAGAUGAAUUCUU